GAAGCUCCGGGGCGAGAUGGACGAAACGAAAGUCGACGCGGCGAGAGCAAGCACGGCCUCGAACAACUCCUUCGUGUUCUCCAAGCCGAGCGCCGUGCCGGACUCUCCGAGAGUCGUCAGCUUCGGCGUCGGCUCGGAUCAUGUCUUCGACACCCCCUUUGGCAAGAAGAACGUGUUCACCUUCGCCGCGCCGACGAUAGUGCCGCGACACAGUCGGGGUCGCGCGGGCCCGUGGGCCGGCAGGCCCGACAAGUACAAGCCGAGAAUCUCCAGGAACACGUACAAGCCUACGGUCAACGUGUUCGCUAACGCCCUCAAGGAUACGGGGGCGUUCGAGCAGCUGAGGAAGAACGCCAGGUCGCGCGUCACGAAAGUCAACGUGGACAACUCGAUAACGUGCUCCGAAGUGCCCAAGGCUUUGCUGACUAAAACGGCGGCAAAGGAGCACUUCAUGAGGUACGGCAGUAUCGUCAAGAUAACCAUUCGGCCGAAGAAGCGCGUCAUCACGGUGGUUUAUACGACCAAGAUAGAGGCGAGCGCCGCGUACUACGGCAGCGGUGAUUACAUGGGCGAGAAGUUUCACAUAGAAUGGUCAAAGUUGGAGUCGGCGAAGACGGUCAAGAAGAAGGAUCUGCAGCGGAACAUAGUGGCGAAUCUGCUCAAAGCGUCCGACGACGAGAUCAAGUCGGAAUUGGAAGCCAUGGCGAACGUAGAGUACAAUUUGCAUCCCGCCAAGGGGACCGAGCUCGCCGACGCGGGCGCGUUGCUUCCGCUAAAGGCCAAGACGCCGGCGAAAGCGGCGCUGCCGCACGAGAAGGCCGCGGCGAAGCUGGAGAAGGCCGCGGCGAAGCUGGAGAAAGCCGCCGCGAAAGCCGAGAAGCACGAGGCCGAGAGUCAGAUAGUCAAAGCUCUGCCCAGCAAGUCCAUAGAGGAGCUGCAGAAUAUAAUACACCAGGCCGCCCUUACGGCCGAGGACAAGUACAAGGUGUUGGAGGCCAGAGACCGUCUCAUGAGACUGAAGCGAGUCAAGCCGGCGUCGCUCGCGACGGCCAAGGUGACCAGCGGCACGUGCCCGGACAUGUGCCCGGAGAAGGAACGUCUGAUGCGCGAGUCGCAGAGGCAGGUCACGUCGUACGAGCAACUGGAGGGGAACGAGUACAGGAUCAAUCACGCGACCGCCGUGAAGCAGUACUCGAGGUCCUCCGCGGACCAGGAGGAGCCGAUGCCGCACGAGCUGAGGCCGGUGAGGUCCCUGAAGAUGACUAUGAGCUACCUGCUCCACGAGUUGGUGGAUCUCUGCGAGCAGGAGGGCACGAACCUGGCCGAGUGGUAUCACUUCCUCUGGGACCGGACGAGAGGCAUCAGGAAGGACAUUACGCAGCAGGAGCUGUGCUGCAGCGAGAGCGUCGAGCUGAUCGAGCAGUGCGCCAGGUUCCACAUAGUCUGCUCGGAGAGGCUCUGCGCGGAGGACGCGUCCGUGUUCGACAAGAAGAUCAACUCGGAGAACUUGACCAAGUGCCUGCAGACCCUCAAGUACAUGUAUCAUGACUUGAGAGUGAGGGGCGUCGCCUGCGAGAACGAGCCCGAGUUCCGGGCUUACAUCGUCCUGCUGAAUCUCAACGGGAACUUUUCGUACGACCUGCAGCAGCUGCCCAAGCCCGUGCAGAAUUCGCCGGAGGUCCAGUUCGCGAUCAAGGUGUAUUUCUCUCUGGACUCGAACAACUACUACAAAUUUUUCAAGCUCGUUCGAGAGACGACCUACUUGAACGCCUGCAUUCUGUUGAGAUACUUCAACCAGGUCAGAUUGCAAGCACUUUCGAUAAUGGUGAAGGCAUACUGCAGAAGUACCUCAACCGCCUUCCCGCUGUACGAGCUGAUGGACAUCCUCGGCUUCGAGAGCGAGAACGAAGCUGUGUACUUCUGCGAACGCGCGGGACUGGCCAUGUCGAACGACGAGCUGUACAUCCUCCUGAAUCGUCAGAACUUCAGCAUGCCCACGGGCAACAUCCAGCAGGGCAGGGCUUGCAAUUUAAUAGAAUCCAAGAGAGUCGUCCUACAUUGCAGCAUUGGUCAGUGCAUCGCCGGUAAACGAAUGCCGGAGAAGACUUACAAGGACCACAAGCCGCAUAACAGCUUCGACGCGCACGGCUACCUGAAGCCGGAGUCCAUCAACGCCGCAGACCAGUUUGCCGAUGCCUCUUCCGCGGCGCGACACGACCCGUACGAAUUCGUGGAGAAGGAGCCGAGGAGGGUACCGAAGUUGACGUCGAUCCGGGAUAAAGAUCAGAGAGCCGUCCGGGACCUUCGUUCCGCGCAAGCUCGCAAGCAGCCGGCGAACGACAAGACGGAUGCGUUCAAACAGACGCAGGUAUCCGAGCCGGUCACCUCGGGUGUCUUUAAAACGGCGCCGAACACAUGCGUCGAUCCCAAGCCGAGGGAACCGAGCGCACUCGAGAACAAAGCUGGCACAUCGGCGGCACUAGCUUCCGAGAGACAACAGCUUGACAGUGUUAAGCAGCAGCCGAGAAGUGCGACUGAUGAGAAACAACAACCGACGACGUUUGGCACUUUCGGCGAUCAUCCAUUUGCGGCGAGUCUGUCCAUGUUCUCGAGGUCGGAAACGGCGCGCAACGUGGAGCCGGUUCCACCGUUCGCGAUGGCCGUGAACAAGAGCAUCUUCUCCGGCGUGGAGUCGGGAAAUAUGUUCACGAGGAACGUCACGCCUUCUCCCUCCAUGAUAUUCGUUAAUAAACAUUUCCCCGUAGCACCAGUUUCUGCCCAAUCAUCGGCGUUCGCGGACGACGCGGCUAAGACGACGAAGGAGCGAGGUGUCUUCCACAGGGAACAAAAGGCUCAGGAGCAAGCGAUGUUGGAGGCCGAGCGAGCGAGGCAGGAGAAGCUGGAGCACGCGAGGAGGCUGCAGCGGGUCGAGGAGCAGUCGGCGGAGAUUUGCAACAGCCUGCACGCGGAAGUCGUGCACGAGCUGUGCUCCGCUAUCGCGAGGCAGGAGAUCGACAGGCUAGAGAUGUACGACACGCUGAGCGGGAAAAUCUUCUCGGACCUGGUCGGCGAGGUGAUGCACGAGAUGUGCGAUGCAGCGUUGACCGCGGAGAUCGAGCGCCAACGGAAAUUGGAGGCGAUGUUGCUGCGAAUUAAGAACCGGGUGAUCGUCAGAUGCGCGAACGUCUGGCGGCAGCACGUGGCGAGGAAGAAGCGGCAGCGAGCGGCGCUAGAGGACACGCCGGUCUGGCUGCAGAGGCGUUCCGUGGAGGAGACCGCGCGGAUGCUGUACACCAAGGAGCAGGAGGUCGUGGUGCGGAACAUGAUGCGCAAACGGCGACGAGGCGAAACGGAGGACGUCGCGGCCGGCACGACGGAGACCCUCGCGCCGAUCGAGGCCAUCGUGUACGCCGGCGUCAAGGAGAACGUGCGAUCGCUGGACCUCGAGCCCUUGCCCAACGUGUACUGGAAACUCGUAAUCUCCUGGCCGGACUUGGCCAACAGGGCGGUCCUGUGGUACUACAAGAAGCUGAUGAACGAAUACCUGUAUCCCGACAAUUUUACGAUGGACCCUAUCGUGAAGAUUUACCGGUCGAAUCCCUACGAGACUUUGCACGUCUGCGUAAGGCACUUCGAGGGUCUGAUCAGCGAGCACCACCUGAUCGGCGCCGACGCGCUUCUGUUCAUCGCCGACGCGUCGGAGAACUACAAGUCCGUCGCGAAACGCUUAACGAGGACGGUACUGUCGCGGCACAAGCUGAUGCCCAUGCCACUCGCCUUUAUCGUCCUGGGUAGCGGGGACUUGGCGAGUCAGAAUGACAGUAUCGUCUCAGACCUGGAGUCCCUCCUGGAAUGUGGCUACGUGUCGGAGUACACGAUCAUGUACGAGGAGAAUCUAUCCGCGAAAGUUAUCUUAAAUUUGACGCAGAGCACAGUUUUAUGGUUGACGAUGAACAAGUCACCGCCGAAUCCGCUGGAAAUGGAUUACCUGCGCAAUGUAUACGACAUUUGUCUGUCCGAGGAGUUGUGGCUGAGGAUACUGGGCGAUUCCAUGUUCAAUAAACAAUUGUCAAGCGCAUUAAAGGACCCGAACUUUGUAAUCGAUUUGCACAAUGAGGCUGUGAAUCACUUGAUCGACAUAAUCUUGGAUCCCGAAUCCAUGCUGUACACGAAUUUCGCGCCCGAGUUGAAGAAGUUCCUCAAGAGCAGCAGUACCGUGCCGUGCAGCUACGAAUAUUUCGACGAAUCGUGGAAACGAGACGAGUACAGAGCAAGACUAGAGACCGCGAUGAACAGUUUUGUCCUACCACCGUGGAACGCACCAUGGCCGAUAACAGACUUGCAGGAUCUACGGCGACACGUUACGAAUUAUUGCAGGGACGUGCUGUCCGACUCGAACUGUAACAUCGUAUUUUGCGAUAUACUGAGCAACCUGUUCCUCACCUCGGGCAGCCUGCAAGUAUCCAGCUUCGUACACAUACUACUGCAUGUGGUCAAGGAGAAGGUGCGUCUUCUGGAGGAAGAUCAAAUGGUCAUUUACAACAGAAAUCACGUCAGGCACUUCCGGACUUUACCGUGGUGGUUCAAAUCCAACGUACUGACGGAGUUUAUGGUACACGAACGGAACUCGGGCGACAAUGCGUCGAAUGAGCCGACGAGGAAACGAAAGAAGCUCGACAAGUCGGAAAACGAUUUGGACGACAGCGCGUUGGACGAGGAAUUUGGUGCGCUAGCGGAGUUUUGCGACAGCACCACGGCUUGCGUCAUGGACGUGCACUCUGUGUCCAUGGAGGUAGAAGACCGCUUGCAGGCGCAACAAUUGGAGAACGCGUUAUUGGAAGACAGACUGAAGACCGCUUUGCUCGACGAGGUGGACCUGAUGGGGUAAAGCGUAUGAUGUAUGAGCUUUCCUCCCAUCUCCUUUCCAUUUAACGGUAUAACAAAUUUGAAUAGUGUCUUUUGUUACAUUUUAUAUUGCUAUACACCUUAUGUACAACAUGCAUUAUAUCCUAUUGACAUGCAAUGAUUUUGAUGACCUUGAAACAAUGUUUUCCAGUUCGAGUAUAUCUCUGUGUGACAUUUAAAAUAUAUUUGCAAAUAACCGAAGGGAAUACUGUUAAAUCACUGCUUAAACGUUAUUAAGUUGUAUGUUAUAAGAUCAUAAAAAUAGAACUAGUCAUUAAUUUAUUUUUUCCGUAACAUAAUUAUCAUGUGUAUAUAUAUAUAUAUAUAUUUAUGUACAAUGUGUAAUUCGUAGAAUUGUGUUUUGGAAAAUAUAUAUUUAUAACAAAACCAUCGCUUUUCCACGAUCUUAAAGGUAUUGUCACUUGAUAUUGUACAUUCACAACACAGUUAAAUUCUCAUAGAGAAAACGAGAAAGAGAAACUUGUUCAGAAACAGUGUGUAUUCUGAAAGAAUCAGUGCCAUGAAAAUAUAUUAAAUCAUUUAUUAAAAUAGUGACACAAAUUUCCUUCGCUUCUCCCAUAUUCAUAUAUCUUUCUUCGAUUUUGUAUUGCACAUUCCUUCCCGCAUCCUCCCGAUAUGACAAUUUUAUUAUACACGUCGAACUCUAACAAUGUAUGUGCCUUCAAAGAAAGAUAUUCGAUAUAGGAUACUUUAUAACGAAAGGUGUUAAUAAACUUUAUCUAUGAACUGAGAUCAAAUGAUGCUAUAAUACAAGGUUUCGUGACAUUAUGUACAGAAUAUAAUACAAAUUGACAUGAUAUUUUGCUUUCUUGUAAUAAAAAUUUUGUAUAACAAUUUUAUAUAUGUAUAAUUAUAUAAAACCUCAAAACCUGUUUAAAAUUAAUGUUACGAUGACUCCUGCAUUACCAGCAUGUUUCAUUUCGCUACUCACAGAACACAUUUACAGUUUCUUUAUACUUCAUUGUUAAUCGAUUAUCGGAUAGAUCCAGGUAAAAGCGAGCUAUGUAUUUUUAUUUGGUUCCGCUAUGUUUUUUGAUUUACUCCUAAUUCGAGUCUCUAUAUAUUUAGGAAAUAAAUAUUACAACCGUAUAAGAGUCCUUACAGCACUUAAACAAACAGUGACGUUACAAUACUCUGCUCUAUGACAUUGUCUAAAGAUUAUGUAUGCUACGUCAUUGAUGUAUUAGUAUCCGAACCAUUAGUGGGGAGAAGGGAUUAAUAGAUUCGGUAGAAAUAAGACGAUCAAUUUGAAUCAAGUUGAACAUAUGUUACCGAAAAUAUAACAUAUCAUGCCAAUAUAAGACGUAGUACAUAUGCGUCGUAUACGACACUGUAAUGCUCGCGUGUUACCCACUCUGUUAAUCUAACAUUUGUCGUACGACCAAUUUUUCAAGCGUGUUGACUGGCUGCUGAAUAGAAAAUUUCUAGAUACUCG